AAGUUAUCCAAUUUUUUUUUUUUUUUCAUUCCAAUGAUGAUAUUCUUUGUAUUUUAUUGUGAAAAAAAAAAAAAUGAACAAUCAUUUAAUUGACAUUAAUUCAGCUGAAUUUUAGUUGUAAGUAAAGAGCAAAAAAUAAAUAAAAAUCUCAUCAAAAUUACCAAGAAAAAAGAAAAAAAAAAAAACAUGAAAACAUUGAUAAUAAAUGUGUUAUCAAUUUUAUUUGGCAUUUUAAAUGUAAAUGCAUCAACAAUUGAUCCUCCACCACUUCAUCCAGAAGUAAUAUUAGCAAAUUAUACAGAAACAUACACAAAAACAAUAAAUAAUACAGUUGAAUAUGUAUUUUUAUAUCAACAAACAAAUUACACUGAUGGUGCAAGAAUAAAUGUUGAAAGUAAUGCAACUCGUGAUGAACCAUUGAUGGUUGUUGUUCGUCAAAAAAAAGGAAUCUUAUUUUGGCAAGUACCACUUUUAGUUGAAAGAACAAAUUCUGAUCCUCAGCUAUAUAAUAAAACAAGUAGAACACUUUGUUCAGCAUCAUUGUACAGAUCAAUGUUUCAUCAUGAAAAUAAUUCUACUGCCUCUGAAGAUGAAUACAUAACAUUGAGUAUAUCAUCUGGAAGUAAAAGUUCAGUUAGUUUUGAAGUUACUGUAUUUAAACAACAAGAUUUUUACAUAUCACCUGGUGAAAGAAGAAACGUAACAAUUUCACCAUCAGAACCACAAUAUUUUGGCUAUAAUUUUACUGAUCAAGGUUCAAGUGGUUCUGUAUUAAUAAAAAUUGAAUCAGAUACUGAUACAUGUAUGACACUAUCAAUACAAAAUUCAACAUGUCCAGUAUUUGAUCUUGAAAUGACAAUUCCAUAUUCAACUGGUUACUGGCAAACAGUCAGUCAACUUGGUGGCAUAACAAUACCACGUGAAGCUUUUCCAGAUGGUUUUUUUAUUGUAUUAGCUGUUAAAGGUGAUGAUACACGUUGUACAGGUUCAAUGGGUUCAUUGUAUCGUAAAAAAUAUGUAACAUUAUCAAUUAAAAAAAAUAUAACAACAGCUGAUGGUUAUAAAGCUGCAUUAAUUGUCAUAACAAUUGUUCUUGCUUUUUGUAGUUUUUAUGUUAUUGGUGUUAUUUCAAAUAAUGCAAGAAUACGAAGAAAAAUUCUUCGUGAUGAUGUUGUCAUUUCAGAUGAACCAGAAAUGCCUGAACAACUUCAAACACCAACAAUUAUUGAAGAGCCAGGUCCUAGUCAAAGAAAUUCAAUUGAAGAUGAUUCAUCACUUGAUGAAGAUGAUAUUGAUAUGUUAGAUGACAUAAAAUAUGACAAAGAAAUAUAUCGUACUAAACGUGUACUUGCUGUAUCUGAUUUAGCAAGAAAAGAUCCAAAAAUAUUACAUCAUAAAUCAAGAUUAUAUUUAUAUUAUUUAAUAACAAUUGCUGUAUUUUAUGCAUUACCAGUUGUACAACUUGUUUAUACAUAUCAAAGAGUAUUACAAGAAACUGGAAAUCAAGAUUCUUGUUAUUAUAAUUUUUUAUGUUCACAUCCAUUUUUUGGUUUUUCUGAUUUUAAUCAUGUAUUUUCAAAUUUUGCAUAUGUUUUAUUGGGUUUAUUAUUUAUAUUAUUAACAUAUGUCAGAGAACAAAAUGAUUUACAUUUUACAGAAAUGAAAAAAAGCUUUGGUAUACCACAACAUUAUGGUUUAUUUUAUGCAAUGGGAGUUGCUUUAAUGAUGGAAGGACUUUUAUCAGCUUCAUAUCAUGUAUGUCCAAAUCACAGCAAUUUUCAAUUUGACACAAGUUUCAUGUACAUAAUUUCUGUUUUAUGUAUGGUUAAAAUUUAUCAAACAAGACAUCCAGAUAUAAAUGCUCGUGCCUCAGUUACAUUUGGUAUUUUAGCAUUGAUAAUACUUCUUGGUAUGGUUGGUGUACUUGAUGGCUCAAAUACAUUUUGGAUAAUAUUUACAAUAUUUCAUGUUAUUGUUUGUUUAUUUUUAACUGCCCAAAUAUAUUACAUGGGAAGAUGGAGAUUUGAUCGUGGUACCUAUCGUCGAAUAAUGGUGACUUAUACUCAUGAUGCUAGAGCAAGUAUUGGAAGUAUUUUAAGACCAAUGUAUAUUGGUCGUUUUUUGUUACUUCUUAUUGCAAUUUUUUGUAAUAUUGCUCUUGCUGUUGUUGGAAAUGUUUAUCAUGCAAGACAUCAAGAAAAAGAUUUUGCAACAUUUUUACUUGCUAUUCUUAUGUUUAAUUUAUUAUUGUACAUGUUUUUUUAUAUUGUCAUGAAGAUUUGUCACAGAGAAAAAAUAUUAUUACAACCAUUGUGUUAUAUUAUUUUGUCAUUUAUCAUUUGGGGUUUUGCAUUACAUUUUUUUAUAAAUAAAUCGGUAUCAUGGGCAUUGACUCCAGCUCAAUCAAGAUUCUACAAUACUCCAUGUAAAGUUCUUAAUUUUUUUGAUAAUCAUGACAUUUGGCAUUUCUUGUCAGCAUUAGCAAUGUUUUUCUCAUUUAUGGUACUACUCACCCUUGAUGAUGAUCUUGAAGAUACACAUCGAAGUCAAAUACCUGUAUUUUAAAUGUCAAAAAACAAAAUGAAAUUAAUCUAUCAGGCUGUAAUAAUUAAUAACAAAGUCAAGAAAAAAACUAAUUAAUAUAUAAAUAUUUUUUUUUUUAAUGUUUAAUCCCAGUGUACAAUUAUUUAAUUAUUUUUCUUUUUUUAAUUCAUUGCAGCAUCAAAAUAGUUUUAUUACAUAUUUCAUGAUACUUGAUUUCUUUUUUAUAAUUUUUUUCUAAUUUUUUUUUUAAUAAAAUAAAAUAUGUGUAUACA